GUAAAGAGGUGGGGAUUUUUAGACAGACAUCGAAGAAACGAUUAAAUGAAACAAUAAAAGAAGUAAAUUCCCCAAAUAAUUCAAAUGAUGGUAAACAAAUUAAAAAAACAAGUUCAUGGCCGAGAACGAUUCCUUCUCCAAGAUGUAUAUCUAUGCCUAAAGUUGAUAGAGGAAAAUACUAUUUUGUUGAAUUUAGACAUGAAUUGGUUGAUCCUGAUCCAAUUUAUGUUGAAUUUGAAGAUGAUCGACCAUUUGAUAAUGGAGGUAUUGCUGAAGUCUACAAUGGUAAAUAUGAAAAACAAAAUGUUGCUGUAAAAUUGAUAGGAAAGGGAACUGUUCAGUAUCCGCCUAAUUUAAUAUGGAGACCUACAAUCGACCAAAUACUUACUGAUCCAAAAAAUGAAGUGAAAGUUUUAAAAGAAUUUGAUAAAUAUUUCAAUGAAAAUAAAAAAGUUAAAAGACGUAUAAUUCAGCUUAUUGACUCAGGAUAUGUCAGAAAAACUGAUUUCCUUCUGAGAACGAACAAUUAUUUUGCUUUUAUUAUAAUUAUGGAGUUGGGGGAAGAAAAUUUUUAUAAAACAAUGAUUAAAGGUUUUGAAGAAAAUGCAAAAAGUUUUUAUAAAUUUAAUGAAAAUGCUUUAAUGAAAAAAUUAAUUGAACCUAUUGAAGUGCUUAUUCAAAUACAUAAAGUAGCAAUUCAUAUGGAUUUUAAACCUCAAAACCUUUUAUAUGCAAAAGGAAAAAAUUCAAUUUUAAAAGCUAUAGAUUUUGGUGGAAGUGUAUUAUUGAGGGAUAAUAAUGGAAAUAGACGAAACAAAAUAAUUGUAAAAAAUCCUACUUCUUCUCCAUAUUUUUUACCACCCGAAAUUAAUUGGCAAUACCUUGAUUUUAUUAAAGACAAAAUUAAAAAAAGUUCCGACAAAGAUAAAUAUAGUUUUGAAAGAAAGUUUAUUGAUAUAAAUGAUAAUAUUAUUCAAAUUGCUUCAACAAAAACAGAUAGUUGGGAAUUUGGAAUUAUGAUUUUGCAAAUGAUACUUCUUAAUGAUACUGCAAUAAAUUAUGUUGGAAAUUCUAAUUGGAAAAAAGAAAUUGUUGAAACUUUGUCUAAAAUUAACAAUUUUUAUACAAAUUCUGAGGAAUGGAUUGAGGGAGGAAAAGAGCAAAUGGAAUCAUUUAAGUCGGAAAUAAAAUUAUUAUUGGAAAUUAGAAUUAAAUAUCCAAUACUUUUUUUACUUUUAUCGGUUUGA